UGGUUUCUCUGGUUCCCUCACAACGUCCCGUCUCUCUCGUCGCGACCGACCUGGAUUCACGUCCCAACUCACCACGGACCGAGUUCCGUGUACGGAAAACACAGCCCUUUCGAGCACCACGUGAGCUACUCUCUGCUCGUCUUUCUGCCUCCGUUCCACCCAACCUUCGUCUUCUUCGCUGUCUUUUCUUUUCUUUCUUUCCCUCUUAGAUCUCACGAUCGAUCCGUCUUUUCUCUCCCCCGUGAUUCGUCGACCGCGUGAUUUCCGAUGGACCGAGGGUACCGAGCAGAUCGAAGGUCCAGGCAGUCGCGGCAACGUUCGUCUCAGCGGGACCGCGCUCUGUGAUUUUCCGUUUAUUCCCACGUUCCACGAACAGCUGACUCUGCACGUUAGAACGAAGAGGGUUUUUUUAGCGUCAAAGUGUGUAAGACAGCGAGGCGAACGGUAGCGGGACUAAAAGUGUCGCGGACUGACCAUCGAUGUGAUCUGGUGCCCAGUUGACUGUAACGUGGAUGAAAACGGCCGAGCGUCGACGGUGUUCUGCGAGUGAAGUUUAUCCGUGUCGUAAGUUUUGACAUUGGCGAGUACUCGGAGCCCGCGUACAGGGACAACAUGGCCGUCAGGCGAAUCGGAGUACGCGAUAGCCCGAACGUCGGAUGAAAGUGCAUCGAUCCGUCGAUUUCAACCGUACGAGUGAAAACUUUGUAACGCGUAGCUAUUCGACAAUUCGAGUGCUACUGCACGACGGAUAUCGAGUUUCGUAUCGCGGAAGCUUCGCGUCCAAAACGACAGUUCGAUACGCCGAGAACGGAUAACUGACGGAGAGGCGCAGGAUGAGUAUUCGAAGCAGCUUCCGGUGAGCUAUAAGUUUCCCAAACUUCCGAACCAUCUACCCAGCAGGAUCAUCGUCGAUACGGCCGAGAGGAUCAUGUCGGUUCACGGCGACAGCGACGUGGACGCGACGGAGGAGAUCAACGUGGAUGACUCCGACUCCGGAAGUUGCAGUCCGCGUAAUUACGCCACCGACAAUCGUCGGCUGGAGCACUCGGAAUACUCGAAUUCCCCGCCCCCGAGUCAAACCAGUUCGAGAACGUUGCAAAACGAGUCACCCAGGAGUCACCCGUUCAGUAUAAGCCGUCUGCUAGGUGAAAAUCGACCGCAGAAUCCUAAGAGCCCUUCGUCGGAAGAUCUGGACAGCGAUAAGGAGAGGAAAUGGUCUUGGGAGGAGGGCAACAAUAACGGAGGCUCGUCGAUGACCUUGGACGAUGGCAGAAGAUCCUGGGGUCACGAGAUGGAAGAAAAAUUGUCGGAGAAGGACGACGACGACACCGGAAGUACACCGGAGACGCAGAUAAAUUCAACGUCGUCGGUUCAUUGCACGAGCGCGGCGGAUCUACUGGCGCCGUUCAGACUUUUCCCGACCGGAUCCGGUCUCAUAUACACCGGCGGAGGCGUAAUAAGGGUUCCUGCUCAUCGACCACCCGGUGCUAAUGGGACGGCAACGGGUGCACUGCCGGCACAGGCGUUGAUACCACCUUGGAGUUUACAAGCUCUUCAGCAUAGUCAACAACAAGCGGCGGCGGCCGGUCUUCACAGGGCAAGCUUGUUGGCAAACCUGGCCGCACAUCCGCUUCAGGGACACCCACACCUCAAGGAUAGGCUCGCAGUAGCUGGAGCGUUCCCAAGGAGGAUCGGCCAUCCUUACCAAAACAGGACGCCACCGAAGAGAAAGAAGCCGAGGACAAGCUUCACCAGGUUGCAGAUCGCCGAACUGGAGAAACGUUUUCACAAACAGAAGUAUCUGGCGUCGGCCGAACGGGCAGCCUUGGCUAAAACUUUGAAAAUGACGGAUGCGCAAGUGAAAACCUGGUUUCAGAACAGGCGGACAAAGUGGAGGAGGCAAACGGCGGAAGAAAGAGAGGCCGAGAGGCAGGCGGCGAAUCGGUUGAUGCUGUCCCUUCAAGCCGAGGCGCUUGGAAAAGUGGCUUAUCCCGCAACAGUGCCGAACCAUCCAGCGGGAACCACCGUUCCCAGUUUAGACAGACAACAAGCACCCACUGCUCUGACCCAUCCUGUGGGUCAGUGGGCCUCGCCGUACGGUCCACCACAACCUCUAGCCGAACCGAUUUGUUGAACCAGGAUAAUCGACGCGCAUUCAAAGACUCUUGUCGAGUGAAACUUGUUACGUAUCAGUCGUGUCACAUUUCUACGAUAGAAUAGUUGUACGUUUUCUAGGACCGGUGCGACUCUUGUCGUUGCAGUCUCGUUGCCGUGGUGCAGUGCUUCGAACGAAGUAGAUUCAAACAACGUGCUUCCCCGCGUUAUUUCCUCGAUAUUUCCAAAGAACAACCACUGACCAUGGCUGGAUACGCAAAGCGAAACUCGUUCUUGUAAAGGGCGAAUCGGACGCUGUUGGGAUAUCAGGAGACGUUACGCGGUGAAUUAUCGGUCUUCGAAACAGGAGACGAUUUUCCAAAAAGACAACGCUGAAGCACGGGAAAGCGGUUUCAAGAUUUCGGAAUGGAAUCGAAUUACCAUGGCCAGCAUUGGCGAUCGGAAUCCGAUCGAAAACCUGUGGGGAGUUCCAGGAAGAAAAUUUCACGAUCUACAGGAGUCAGCGAACAUGGAAAGAGGAAUAAAAUCAGCGCAGGCGAAUACUCGAGACGAAACUUUCGAUAAAUUAGCGGAUGGUGUACCUAGAGGAUUAAUUAGUAGCAAUCAAAAGUAAAGAAAAAUCCAUUGAAUGGAAACGUAAAGAAAUUAGCAUUGAGUUUAUAUUUUUUCACGGGCGAAAACACAAUCUUUGUAUAUUCAGUUUCGCUUUACAUCGUAACAUGUAAACUAUGUCAACGAUUUCCUUCCAAUACGAUGAAACAUCUAAAAAUAGGCUCGAGUUUAUAAUUAUUCACGGCACCGUGUGUCUCUCUUCGUUUCCUCCGUUUCCCCCCAUACGAAGACGGAGUACGCGAGUCAUGCGUUAAUCGUGCAAGCGAAUACGAUGUGAGAAUAGAAAGAGAACGCUACGUACAGACCUUUUCUGUUCUUGUCUAAUCAGAC